AGGCGUUGGGUUCCGCCCUUGUAGGCUGUCCAACUCAAACGGGCCGGACAGGAUAUAUAAGAGAGAAUGCACCGUGCACUACACACGCGACUCCCGCAAGGUUGCAGCCGGAGCCGCCCAGCUCACCGAGAGCCUAGUUCUGGCCAGGGUCGCCCCGGCAACCACGAGCCCAGCCAAUCAGCGCCCUGGACUGCACCAGAGCCAUGGUCGGCAGAAGAGCACUGAUCGUACUGGCUCACUCAGAGAGAACGUCCUUCAACUAUGCCAUGAAGGAGGCUGCUGCAGCGGCUUUGAAGAAGAAAGGAUGGGAGGUGGUGGAGUCGGACCUCUAUGCCAUGAACUUCAAUCCCAUCAUUUCCAGAAAGGACAUCACAGGUAAACUGAAGGACCCUGCGAACUUUCAGUAUCCUGCCGAGUCUGUUCUGGCUUAUAAAGAAGGCCAUCUGAGCCCAGAUAUUGUGGCUGAACAAAAGAAGCUGGAAGCCGCAGACCUUGUGAUAUUCCAGUUCCCCCUGCAGUGGUUUGGAGUCCCUGCCAUUCUGAAAGGCUGGUUUGAGCGAGUGUUCAUAGGAGAGUUUGCUUACACUUACGCUGCCAUGUAUGACAAAGGACCCUUCCGGAGUAAGAAGGCAGUGCUUUCCAUCACCACUGGUGGCAGUGGCUCCAUGUACUCUCUGCAAGGGAUCCACGGGGACAUGAAUGUCAUUCUCUGGCCAAUUCAGAGUGGCAUUCUGCAUUUCUGUGGCUUCCAAGUCUUAGAACCUCAACUGACAUAUAGCAUUGGGCACACUCCAGCAGACGCCCGAAUUCAGAUCCUGGAAGGAUGGAAGAAACGCCUGGAGAAUAUUUGGGAUGAGACACCACUGUAUUUUGCUCCAAGCAGCCUCUUUGACCUAAACUUCCAGGCAGGAUUCUUAAUGAAAAAAGAGGUACAGGAUGAGGAGAAAAACAAGAAAUUUGGCCUUUCUGUGGGCCAUCACUUGGGCAAGUCCAUCCCAACUGACAACCAGAUCAAAGCUAGAAAAUGAGAUUCCUUAGCCUGGAUUUCCUUCUAACAUGUUAUCAAAUCUGGGUGUCUUUCCAGGCUUCCCUGACUUGCUUUAGUUUUUAAGAUUUGUGUUUUUCUUUUUCCACAAGGAAUAAAUGAGAGGGAAUCGACUGUA